UCAUGGCCUUCGUAAUCUGCGCACUUUUUGAUGUUCGUCCUGAGGCAAACAGACGGGGACAUGCCAUAAAGACUUUGGAAACUGACCUUUUCACGCGCUCCUGAGCACGCGCUGCAGCAGCCGCUCGAGUCAGGCUUGAGUUUAUGGUGGAGACUUGUUGCUGCCUUUCACUGUACUCUGACCGCGAUCUACCGCUGUCAUUGUGGAUCUCCGAGCAGGCAAGGGGGUUAUUUGCGCCAUUUGAUUGCAUUGAAAAACUACUAGGCUAAUAAGACUAGCAUGACUAAACCAGACUUGUAGCCUCUAAAUAAAAUUCGUUUAGUGUUCCAAACUAACUCUAAAUUCAGUAGCUCAUUACUGAGAUUGUAAUCAUCAACCAUGAGGAGUUACUUCUGAAGUUUGGGACGCCAAACGGGGCACUCAGAGCUGUCCCCCGCUGCCGGUGCAUUUACUUCUGCCUCUGGAAAACGUGCUUUAUUUAAGUGGAGAAGAGGGAGCAGAUCUUCCAGAAGAUGGCACCUCAGCAUCUCUGCUCACGCAUCUUAAUCACAUCAGUGUUGACCCUGGUCCUAUCCUGUGCUGAGGAACAAGUCCCAGAAGAGGAAGGAUUUAAUGCAGAGACGUGGCUUCGUCAGUAUGGCUACCUCUCUCAGGGCAGCAGACAGAUGUCCACCAUGCAGUCUGCACGGAUCCUCUCCAACGCCAUCAGUGACAUGCAAAGAUUCUACGGCCUCCAGGUCACAGGGGAAAUGGACCCUUCUACUGUUUUUGCAAUGCGCCGGCCUCGCUGUGGUGUCCCGGACCGAAAACCAGAAGAACACGAUGAGAAAAGAAAAAAGCGCUACGCUCUCACUGGACAGCAGUGGGACAAAGACCAUAUCACUUACAGCAUUCUGAACCAGCAAAUACCCUCCUCCCUGGGAGAAGAGCUGACAUUUGAGGCAAUCCGCAAAGCUUUUGAGGUUUGGAGGAGAGUCACCCCACUCACUUUUGAGGAAUUACCAGCUGUUAACAACAGUAGUCAGUCUGAACUGGCUGACAUCCUCCUACUGUUUGCCUCUGGAUUUCAUGGAGAUAUGUCUUUAUUCGAUGGUGAGGGGGGGUCCCUGGCACACGCCUACUACCCUGGGCCACAAAUGGGUGGAGACAUACACUUUGAUGCUGAUGAGCCUUGGACACUGGAAAAUCAUAAUCCACGAGGAAUAGACCUUUUUCUGGUGGCUGUGCACGAGCUGGGCCACGCUCUCGGCCUGGAGCACUCUGAUAACCCCAAUGCCAUCAUGGCGCCGUUCUACCAGUGGGUGCCCAGUCACAACUUCACUCUGCACGAGGACGAUAUCAAAGGAAUACAAUACAUAUAUGGCGCACCUCUCAUGACCGAUGCGCCAACUACAUUAAUGCCUCCUGAUGAUCACACAACUGUUGUUUCCACCACCACUGAGCAAGAACAACCCACCUCCUCUGCUCUGACCAGUCGGCCCCCACAAAUACAGCCCAGUGCAGGACCUGAUGUAACUGUGCACCCAGAGCCUGAUACGACAAAACCAUCUACAGCCACAACGACAGAGUCCCAGUGGGCGUCAGUGCCCGUCACCCCUCAUAAAAAACCUGUGCCCCCAACAUGGGCCCCACCACGUCCACCGUCACCUCCAAAGAAACCAGACGGACAACCGCCAAAUAUUUGUGAUGGGAAUUUUGAUACGGUCACCAUGCUGAGAGGGGAAAUGUUUGUGUUUAAGGGCCGCUGGUUUUGGCGAGUACGCAGGAAUCGUGUCUUGGAUAACUACCCAAUGCCCAUAUCUUUGUUCUGGAUGGGUCUUCCCAAUGACAUAGAUGCAGCUUAUGAACGCCAUGAUGGAAAAUUUGUCUUCUUUAAAGAUGAGAGGUACUGGUUGUUCCGUGAGGCUGAUGUGUUGCCAGGAUACCCACAGCCUUUGCACGCGUACGGACGAGGCAUCCCCACACACGGCAUUGACACUGCCAUUUGGUGGGAGCCUAAUGAAUACACAUACUUUUUCAAAGGAGACCGGUACUGGCGUUAUAAUGAAGAAACACGUACUACAGAUGCAGAUUUCCCUAAACCAAUCAGUAGGUGGGGAAAAAUCCCUCCAUCGCCAAAGGGUGCUUUCCUAAGUGAUGAUGGUGCCUACACGUACUUCUACAAGGGAGCUAAUUAUUGGAGGUUCCACAACGGGCGGGGAGAGGCAGAUCCAGGCUACCCUCGCUCUAUCCUCAGAGAUUUCAUGGGCUGUGCAGGGGCUCCGCAUCCUAAACCAGACCCAGAAGUGAAACCAGUAAACCCCACAGAAAAGGACAAAGGCAAACGGGACAGAGACUCGGACAAAGAGGUUGUGGGUGUGAAUCCAGAAGUCCCCGUGGAGGACGAAGACGUGGACAGAGAGAUGGAUGUGGUUGUGGCCCCCGCCGAUGGUCACUCUAAAGUCAUGACGUUGAUCAUGGUGACUGUCCCACUGGUUUUGAUCCUGUGCAUCCUUAUACUGAUCUAUGCUAUCCUCAGGACUCUGCAGAACAAAGAGACGCCCAGGGCUUUAGUUCAUUGCAAACGCUCACUACAGGAGUGGGUGUAAUACAAGAAACUUUGACUUUUUAAACUCACUUUGUGCCACUGUGGAAAGGACAAGUAGAAAAAGGGGGCUAGCCGUACGUUUUACCUUGUGCCUUAAUUGUUCUAAUUUCUCUCAAAUAUUCCAACAUUGAGGAAAAAUAUCUGUUUUUUUUUGUUUGUUUGAUUGUUUUGUUUUUUUAGUAAAGCUAUAACAUAGUGUUAUAAUGCAGUCAACAAUGCACAUUUCCAGAAGCACCUUUGCUCCUGUUUAUUAGAAUACCACUGCUUAAUUUUGACCUUUGUUCAUUUGUUUGAGCCAUAGAAAAAAAAAUCGCAGCUGCCCCCAAAGUGCAGAUGAAUGUAGCUGUUGACAAACUGCUUUUUCUUUUUCGUUCAGCUGUAAAUCUUGCAUACAUAGUGUACAUAAAUGCAUUUUUGUAGGAAAAUAAUUGUAGUAUGAUGGCCAAUGUAAGCUCAAAAAAAAAGUAUAUUUGGUAAAGGCAAUCUUAAUGAUGCACUGUGUAACAUUUCUGGUGGAGGGUCUGUCACCUGCUUCUCUCCAUGGUGACUUCUCUUCAUCUUUUUAGAGACAGCAGGGCUGAGUCACAUGUCAUAUCUGCGGAGAGGCAAACCUAUAAAACCCAUGUUACUGAGUAAAUGCAAGAUGGACAUGUUUAAUGCCAUACUGGGACAUUCCAGACAAGGCACCGCAUCUCCAUGGAGACGAGCUGAUGGUGGACCCUGCACUAGAAAAGUUACACCGUGCACCUUUACGUAUAAAUGCUUGUCUAUGCUGCUUGAGAGAAAUUGCACAUUCAAACUCUUAAUGCAGCCGAGAAUGCAAUUUGGUCCAUACUGUUUAGACUGGUAAGCUGUGCAUGGGGAGUUCUUCCUGGGAGCAGAGCAGGAAUGUGAGGCAGCUGCAUGCGCCCAUGACCGCUCCAUCUCCCUCUGAGGCCGUUCAGUUGUCCCACUCACACACUGCGUCACACGAUCUCUCAUCUGCGCCUUUAUGGAAACCAGCACAUCUGCUUUCAAACUACGGGCCAUAUAGACUUCUCCUUCACUGUUCAGACUGGCCCUAAUGCAGACUUUUUCAUAUAUGACCACUGCCAGGCUUGGGAUUAAAUAUGACUGUAAAUUGACUUGAGUUAAAUCAUCUUUUAAGGAGCUAUUGUGUUCUUUAAAACUUUUUCUGUCUUCAUGUACAAAAACUGAUUUCCUUGUGUUGAAUGUUCACACUAAAUAGCAAACCCUGUGAUAAGUAUGUAUGUACAAGACUUGAAAAGUAAGGUUUGUGUCUGUUAUUCAUUAGGUCCACAUGUUACUGAUUUUGUGGUGCAGAAGGGGAGAAAAGGAAAAGAACAGAAUUGAAAGAAAGACUGAAGGAAAGAAAAGAGGGCAGAUAGAGGAGUGAGAGUGUAUUGAGUGGAAAAGGAGGAGUAUUAGAGAGUUGGGAGGGGCCACGCUGGCGUCGUGCCUCCUGACCUACAUUGGGCCUAGUCCUUUUCUCUGGUGCUGCUCUGACUUCCUCCGUUACCCCCACAUCCCUUUGAUACUGUAUUUCCACAUGUAUUAUUACUCUGCUUGUGAAAGGAAGUGUUGAAUGGGUAACUAAUGCAGAACCUGUACAGGAUGCUGAUCUUAUAUGUCCAUAGCUUUCCACCUCCACUGAGAGAGGUCUGUCUGAGUUUUAAGCCACUGUACUAAUGUGUAAACUUAGAUUGUAGUUGUUGUUCAGCCUGUAUUUUGUAUGUGAUUAUGGGGGGGGUUAUAAAAUACCAUGAAGGAAAGUAUACUUUUUUAAUUAUUUUGAAGAAUGAUCAUGUUAAAGCAUGCAGGGCAUGUUAUGGGAGGCCUUGCUGGCUUGCACAUAUGUGUAGACGGCAAUCUUUUAAAUAAAAUUUAACUUUCAAAAGCAACAUGAUGGGUCAUGCACACAUCUCUUUGUCUUCUCAGGAAGUAGAUCAUGCACUUCCUGUUUUAGCCACAAGAGGGAACUG